GAGGUCUCUCUCUCUUGUGAAGUCGGCGGUGCGCGUCAGACGGGAGAAGUGGAAGAUUAAAGACGCAUGUAAAAAUAGGGGCGUGUGAUUCAUGAUGGGCGUGGAGCAUAGAAAAGCGAGGCGAGUGGAGGAAGAAUUAAAGGGCCACCAAGAUCAGUAUUUUUAAUACACACCGAAUAGCUCUUGUAAUAAUAAAUACAUCAUGCCACAAAGAUUCUAUCUCUAAGUCCAGGCAGCAGAAUAGCAAACAGCCUGAAUAUUUCUGAGUCGCUUCUAUUCUAAUUUCUAACUCUACGAAGUGUCUGUCAUAUUUGGAAUUGAGCAGCUUCGGCAAUCGACAAGACAAGAGGGCGGCAGCAUGAUUAAUAUUAGUAAGGGGAAGGAUGUGAUGAAUUGUACUCCACUUUAAGAUAUUAACUUAGCUCACAGUUUAAUAUAGCUCCAGAAUGGCUCCACCCCUGCUUCUCCAAAUAGCCCAGCCCAUCAAUCCCAAAACAUUCAGUGCACACAGUGACGGUCAGCAACGUGUAACAGGUCUGGGGACAGUACCAAUUAUCCUGACAGGGGGAUCCUGAUGUGUUUUGCGAAGGUAGGGGACCAAUUUAACAGUCUGUCGGGGGACUGAUGCAAACUGAUUGAUGGACUCGCUCACACUCGGCAAGUACCUGCUGCUGCUGCCUCUUUUUGUAGGUUUUACUGUGUUGCCAUUUGCGAAUACAGAUGGAAAUUCCACUGCACAUCCUGAAACAACAAGCCCACCUUGUCCUCAGUAUACAGAAGACUGCACAGAACUGUCUCCACAAUCAAAAUGGAGUGGUCAUUUUUCUCGAUGCCCCAAGACUUACAGACACUACUGCAUUAAAGGGAAGUGCCGAUUUGUUACUGAGGAAAAUAUACCUGCAUGUAUAUGUGACUUAGGUUAUACAGGAGCAAGAUGCGAAUACUUUGACUUAUUUUACUUGAAAGGGGAUAGACGGCACUAUAUAGUGAUUGGCCUGAUUGUUGCUUUGAUGGCUCUCAUCAUUCUUAUUGUUGGUAUAUGCAUCUGUACACAUUUUUGGAAAAAAACUCAAAGGAAGAAAAGGAAAGAAAAAGAAGGUGAAGGACGGAAUAACAAUUUCACAACCAAAAUGGAAGAAACUCAAUUGGUAUAGGUCACAAAGAAGGUACCUGCGGGCAGGUUUUAUGCUGCUGCUAUAGAGUAAAUGAUAAGCUGUUUCACCAUAAGGAGAGCAAAUCCCAGUGAAGCUUGCUGAAUGCUAUACAUUGUUAAGGCCAGUGGCGAUCAGUGAUGCUGUACUUUCAGGAUGAAAAAUGAAUGGGCUAUCAGAGAGUUUGUUUCAUCAAUGAGUGAUACAGCUUCUUCCAGUCAUGUCUGUCUGUAAAUGUUUGUGUAUGUGUUUGUGUACAAGGCUUUUUAACACUAUGUAUAAGCCCCAACUUGUAAAUUAUAUGCAGAAAAACAGUAUUAAUGAUGACAUUGGUAUACAUCAGAUAUGAUAAAUAGAAAAUUAUUAAUUUUGUAUAAAUAUCUUUGUCAUAGCCAGAAUUCUUUCUUGUCUCUAAAAGAGGGUAUUAUUAAAGAAAACAGCCAUAACCAUUAACUUUUUUCAUUUACCAGGAAACAGCAUGCAAAUGUUUUUUUACAAAUCUGUUUAGAGGAGCAAUACUUCAUUUGCCAAAAUUAGCAUUUUAGAAUAUGGAGUUUGGAAACGGCUGAUGGGCCAUAAAUCAGCUCUUGUAAUAGGCUCAUGAAUUACCACACAUUAGCUGAAAGUGUGAGGUUUGCUUAUAAAGUUAUAUAGCAAUUUACUUAUUGCUCAGCACUUAAGCUGAUUAAAACAAA